AUGAGAGAACCCUCCUACACAUUUCAUGGAAAGAUCCAAGGAAGCCUUGUGUACUGUCCAGAGUGUAAAGUCCACAGAGAUCAUGGAGGUGCCAUACCGAAAGACCUCUGGCAGCUGGAAGAACCCCCACUUCGUCUCCUUGCAAAAGUAAUGGGCCGAUAUUUCAUUGUACUUCGCGAAUUUCAAUUGUUCCUUACUGCGCUGGUCGCCUUUAAAUAUUCCUUCACAAGUCUCCUUCCUCUUUUUCAUUACUUCACAUCCACUGCAACAGCACUCCCACCAAGCAAACCAACAACUCUCAAAACUCCAGCUUCAAAAGUCAUACUUCUUCGUCGGGAACGAAGCACAAAAGCUGGGUUCAACAACAACAUGUCUUCAAUCAUGUCCAUUCUCUCCUUCUCAGCCGCCCUGUUCGCUGCCACAACGAGCGCCCAUAUGAUCCUUGGGUCGCCACCACCAUACGGCAGUCCAGACAACAGCCCUCUCGUAGCAGAUGGCUCCAACUUCCCUUGUAAAGCUACAAGCAACGCAGGCGCGAUUGUCACGGAGAUGGCCAUUGGUGCAGCACAGCCACUCUGGUUCAUCGGAUCUGCAGUACAUGGUGGAGGCUCAUGCCAAAUCUCUCUCACCACGGAUAUGCCAGCAACAAAGAGUUCCAGCUGGAUGGUUAUUCACUCUAUUGAGGGGGGCUGCCCUGCCAAAGGCGUCUCUGGCAACGACGCCGCCGGCCAAAGUGGAGGCAGCAAUUACACCUACACCAUCCCUCAAGGCAUCACUCCGGGAUCAUACACUUUAGCCUGGACCUGGUUCAACAAAAUAGGCAACCGGGAGAUGUACAUGAACUGCGCGUCGAUCAAAGUCAGCGGAGGAUCGAAGAAGAGAGCAGCCACUCUUAAUGAAACUCUCGGCAUUCCCGAGCUCUAUGAACGCACAACGCCAUCUUUCCCAGGCAUGUUCAAGGCUAACAUACCAACAACCGACUGCGAGACUGUGGACUCAGCCGAUGUGUUAUUUCCAGACCCAGGAGCUUCCGUCGAAAAGGAUGGAACCAGCGCACUCACUGCCCCAACAGGCGCUAAAUGUAACGUUGUGGCUGGUGGUGGUUCAUCCGCAUCGAAUUCAAGUACAGCUGCCGCUGGGUCGUCUUCAUCUGGGUCUUCGUCUGGGUCAUCUGGGUCUGGGUCAUCUGGGUCUGGGUCAUCUGGGUCUGGGUCAUCUGCUCCAGCAUCUCCUGGGUCCUCCAGUGCUGCUUCGGCUGCUCCUUCGAUGGCCACUUCUGACGCUCCUGCAUCUGCCGCCACUUCAAUGGCUGCUGCUCCUUCAGUUUCUGCCUCUCCAGUGGUCGCCGCAGCUCCUUCCGUCGCUGCCGCAGCACCUAGCUCUGCGCCUUCGGCAAUAACGAACUCUUCCUCGAGCUCAACAACACCCUCCACGUCGUCCACCGGCACAUGCUCCACAGCUGGCCAGUCCGUCUGCUCGCCUGAUGGAAAGCAAAUUGGCGAGUGUACGCCUCAACUCACCGUCACAUGGAUCCCUGUGGCUGAUGGUACGAAAUGUGUGGGAGGAUAUCAGGUCUUUGCUAAGCGCUCUAACCCCAAAUUCCAGAAGGGUUAUGUCCGUAGAGGCGAGGGCCUCGGCAUCUGGUGA